AUACCGAGUUACUAUCCCACUAUAAAACGGGAAGCUGUUUCUCUAACUUCUGUUCUCAAUCACUCACCUUUCAAGAACAGCUUCACUUCUCUCCUAAACUUAAUCAACCGUCUAGUAAAAGUCUUAACUCUCAUCUCAAUGGAAAAGGUUGAGAGACAAAGUGAAGAAGCAUCUUAUCUAUGGCUUCCUUUUCACUUCCUCAACCAAACUAUUAAAGCUAUCUUAAGGUGUCUUGGAAUACUUCAUCAUGAUCCUCCCACGGUUACUAAAACGUCGUCAGAUUCAGCACCCUUAAACCAGCCGGAGGAGGAAGAAGAAGAAGAUGUGGUCAUGGAAGACAACGUCGUUGUGGCGACUAUGGGCAGUAAAAACGGCAUCAUAAUAACGAGUAGGGGAACAAAGGUGAAUGCAAAGAGAAAGGAAAAGGCAAAAGUUAGCUCAGGACGACCGGGGAAACAUCACUAGCAGUUUCACUACAUUAAUUAUUAUUUAGUUUGAUUCUUGCAGCCAGUUGUGAUUUUUUUUUUAAUAAGUGUUUCAAUAAUGGUAGUAGUAUAGUUUUGUUGUUUGUAUUGAUAGUUCUUAAUGAUAUUAACUAUCUACGGAUACAAAA